UGUAACUCUUAAACCUCUCCGUAAGAGAUUCAGAAGAGAAAGAUAAGUAGAAAGAAGCCUAAACUUUGCGUGAUAUUUAUUGGAUUCCAAGAAGUAGUAAGAACAAAAGUGGAGGAAUGGAGAGAAGCGGUUCAGAGCCGGCGCUCCCGGGAUUCCGGUUCCAUCCGACCGAGGAGGAGCUCCUCGACUUCUACCUCAAGCGGGUGGCCCUCGGGAAGAAGCUCAACUUUGACAUCAUCGGCACCCUCAAUCUCUACCGCCACGACCCCUGGGAACUCCCUGGGUUGGCGAAGAUAGGGGAGAGGGAGUGGUAUUUCUUUGUGCCGAGGGACAGGAAGAGCGGGAACGGGGGGAGGCCGAACCGGACGACGGAGCGGGGGUUCUGGAAGGCGACCGGGUCGGACCGGCCGAUCCGGAGCACGGCCGAACCGAGGCGGCUCAUCGGGCUGAAGAAGACGCUGGUCUUCUACGAGGGGCGGGCUCCCCGUGGAACCAAGACCGACUGGGUUAUGAACGAAUAUCGCCUCCCCGACGCUCCUGCUUCCAACACCGCUGUUCCUCCCAAGGAGGAUAUAGUAUUGUGCAAAAUCUAUAGGAAAGCUACAUCAUUAAAGGAGUUGGAGCAGAGAGCAGCCAUGGAAGAAGGCCUGAGAGAAUCACAAGCCUGCAUGUUCAUGGUGGAUAAUGCGUCGUCAGAUGAUCAGGAAAAUUAUCAAAGUGCAUCAGUGGCUUUGGACAAUGGAGAUCUAAAGGUGAUAAAAGAAGAGACCCAGAAGGAGGUAGAACUCACAUCCGCAUCCGUUCGACAAAUAGUGAAUCUCCCAGAUCUUCAAGUUCCAAAGUAUAGCUUGGAUUGGAUGCAGGAUCCUUUAUCUACUCAGUUGCGUAGCCCAUGGCUAGACCAAUGGUUUCCAUAUGCGAAUUUGCCGUACUUCUAAAUAUAAAGUGCUCACUGAUUUGUGUACAAAGAUGGAAUGCAUCAGAUCAUCCGAUGGCAUCUGAAUAAGGACCGGCAAAACGUGUAUCACCAUAGAUCAAAAGACUGGAAUGCGCUGAUAUUUCUUUUUCUAUUUCUUUCUUUCUUUUUUGUACUUUAAGAGGUGGAUAGGCCCACAGCUCGUUCUCCGAUUAAUUUCUUAGUUUAACGGGAAGGGUUAAUUUCUUGGUGUAAGGGCAAGGGAACUGACAAGUAUAACCCAGAAUGUCAACAAAAAAAACUAGCCGAAUUAGUAUUAUUUCGGUUUCUUGAUUA